AUGGUGGGACUUGGAACCGGACCCCGGCCACGAGCCUAUGGGGAGAGUGAGGCCCCCAGUCUUGGUGGGGUACAGGUCUGGCCAAGCACUGCAGAGCCCUCCGGGAGGCCAGUGGUGAUGGUGGUCCCAGCCGUGGGACUGGCGGAAGGCAGCAGCCCCCUGGAGCCAUCAGAGCCUGGACCAUGGCGCGGUGAGGUGGUGGUGGCCCCCACAGGACUUGAGGGCCAGUGCCCAACCAUCAGUGGGAGCAUCCCUGCUGUCAUCGUCACGGACCUGGGGGGCCCGGAGGAGGAGGCGGGCGCCGUGCCCCCCGGCAGCCUGCCCGUCCGGAAGCUGUCGUCGUCCUCAGCCUUUUCCACUGGCUUCUCCUCAUCCUGGGAGGAGUCCGAGGAGGACAUCUCCAGUGACCCCGAGCGCACCCUGGACCAGACACCGGCCUUCCUGCAGACCCUGGACCAGCAGAAGCCCCGAGUGAGCAAAUCAUGGCGGAAGAUCAAGAAUAUGGUGCACUGGUCCCCAUUUGUGAUGUCUUUCAAGAAGAAGUAUCCUUGGAUCCAGCUAGCGGGACACGCAGGUAGUUUCAAGGCAGCGGCCAACGGCAGGAUACUGAAGAAGCACUGUGAAUCAGAGCAGCGCUGCCUCGACCGCCUGAUGAAUGAUGUCCUGAAGCCCUAUGUUCCUGCCUACCACGGCGACGUUGUGAAGGACGGGGAGCGAUACAACCAGAUGGAAGAUCUGCUGGCUGAAUUUGACUCCCCCUGUGUUAUGGACUGCAAAAUGGGGGUCAGGACAUACUUGGAGGAGGAGCUGAUAAAGGCCCGGAAGAAGCCGAGCUUAAGGAAGGACAUGUACCAGAAGAUGAUCGAGGUGGACCCUGAUGCCCCCACCGAGGAGGAGAAUGUGCUGCGUGCAGUAACGAAGCCCCGCUACAUGCAGUGGAGGGAGACCAUCAGCUCGACUGCCACGCUGGGUUUCAGGAUCGAGGGGAUAAAGAAAGAGGACGGCACUGUGAACCGGGACUUCAAGAAGACACGGACAAAGGAACAAGUCACGGAGGCCUUCAGGGAGUUCACCAGAGGAAACCGCAAUGUUUUGAACAGUUACCUUAACCGGUUGAAGGGUAUCCGCGCUACCCUGGAGACAUCCCCGUUCUUCAAAUGCCAUGAGGUAAUUGGGAGCUCCCUCCUCUUUAUUCACGACAAGAAGGAACAGGCCAAAGUCUGGAUGAUUGACUUUGGGAAAACCACCCCGCUGCCGGAGGGACAAGUUCUCCAGCACAACGUGCCCUGGGUGGAAGGCAACAGAGAGGACGGCUACCUCUGGGGGCUGGACAACCUCAUUCAGAUCCUGACAGAGUUGUCCCAGAGCGAAGACUUGCAUUAAAGCCACGUGUCCGACUCUGCCACUACCCCCAACCUGUCCCCGACUGACUCUUCUGAACUGCACUACAAGACACUUUCCAGCCCUCGCCCUUCCCGUUUGAAAGCUAUACUCUCCCUAUU